AUGACGCUGCUUAUCGCUGCCCCCUGGGGAAGGUCGCGAUGCAAUUGCUUUAAAUUUGGCGCAUCUGCCGCCGAUUGCAGCACUCUCGCGAUGAACGGCUGCUAUAACACAAUAAAGUACACGGGCCUGCUCUCCAAUCUGCUCUAUAUGCUUUUGGGCAUAGGAGUGAUGUCUGGAGCAGGAUUGGGGCUGCAAGUGGCAGAGCCCAAUACCCCAGAACACACGUACUUCGUCAAGAGUCUGGUGCUGGGCGGAACCAUCUGCAUGAUAGUGAUGUUCGGAUGCUAUGGCAUGGUCUGCAACUUGCUCUGCGUGAAUCUGAUUUUCACGGUGUUCAUACUGAUUGCUCUGGCAGCGGAGUACCUUCAGCUGCACCACUACCACACGCCGUCUCUCAAGAGCUCGGGUGGCGCCUGGCAGCAGCUGGAACUGGCCUGGCAUGGCCUGGACCGAGAUCCGGAGCUGAUGCACCAGUACGAGGCCGCGAAGCACUGCUGCGGCUACAACGGCGCCGACGAUUACAAGCGCCUGCAUCUGCUAGUGCCGGCGAGCUGUUAUCAGGCCACUGCCAAUGACACCGCCCAGCAGAUCUACCCAAGCGGCUGCCUGGAGACGCUCAACCAUAGCCAGCGGUACAUUCAGCAGCGCGAUAAGCUGUACAUGUGGGCCAUCGUUGGCCUUGAGAUCUUCAUACUGCUGCAAACGGUGGCUCUCAGUGUGCUCCUCUUCAGGCUGCGCCAGCGGCAGCGAAUCGCUCGAAGACAGGUGCCACCAGGUGUGCGGCGGGAACCGCGCUCCAACCAUGUGUCCGCCAGUCGAGCCCAGCUACUCCACGACGCCUGAUCGAAGAUCUUAUCGAGUGUGCUUGUUUAUUGUACUUCCAAGUGGCAAUUGCUUAUGUAUAAAUGUCAUGGUUGGUCAGUAGGUGUAAAGACGAGUCUUGUUGGUCAGCUGGCAGCAUAAGGUGAUGCCCAAGACGAUGCCCACAAGCUGUAAUGGAGGAAGGAGAGUGUUAAGAGUUAUUCACGAUUUAUCACCGAUACAAUUAUUAUUUAAUAAGGAAAAUGUUUAUUAAUAUGGAUAGUAUAAGAGAUUUCAUUGUCGGAUAUUACUAAAACUUUAAUUUUCUUAGGAUUCGCGUAUGAGCCUAAUCUAUUUUUGACUUUGUAAAAAUAUCUGGAAAACCAAUUAUCAUUAAAAAAACUAAAAAUUUAGCAAACUAUAUAAAACUAAAUUCCAAUAACUAUUAAUUAAAAUAUGACAAUUAUAGGAUUAAGUUUAAGAACUUGUUUGGCCUUCAUUUAGACAAUAUUGCCCAACAAAAUUUUGUCAGGCUGCCAAAGUUCAAGCUGUGGAUUUUUCAAAGACAAUUUUAAAAUAAAUAUUGCACGAGAUUUUUAAAAAAUGAUAA